AAGAAACGUCAAAAAUGGUCUCGGAAAAUGUAAGCAAAAGGCUGCUGUGGCUGUGUGGCACGCGUGUAUUGUAGUGCAUGGAAGUAGCUAGAAAGCGUGCGAGUGUUUCCUCCUUUUUGUUGUUCGUUCGGGGCGGGAAAGUUUUUCCCUUGUGUCCCCCCCGCACACACACAUUGGCCAUAUAGAAAAGUUUCCGUUCCGUGUGCUACGAAGUGUGCCAUUUUCCCUUUCGGUCAGUGCUGUGGGUCGACUGUUGCAACAUACCCACCACCCACCAGUUGGAUGCACAGCCUUGAAUGUUCUGUGUCGGAUGCUGCAACAGGCUGAACGGAAAAAGAUCUACUCGUAGACAGUGGAUUUGCCUCAUCGAACUCCUCUGAAUGCCAACACUACUCCGGCCCACCGAACCAACGAACCGAAGGGGAGGAGGGGAUUGCAAACGAUGCACCCGCUGUUUUUGUUGAAUUUUAGAUAAGAUAGCCCAGCAAGUCUUCUAUCGCCAGCAGCACCCUCCACCUCAGCCAAGAUGGGAUUCGAGUACGAACUGCUGCAGCAGCAAGACUCGUCCGAACGCACACAGCCACCGGCCGGCUCGAGACGCAAGGGCGGCUCGAAGGGCGGCGGUGGACCGGGCGGCAGCAAUCUGCGCUUUUCCUUCAUCUGUCUCGUGGUCAGCGCGUCGCUGCUCAUCUUCCUGCUCGGCGCGUACACCGACUCGUUCCAUCCGAUCAUCGACGGCAUUGCGGGCCGGCUCGGGUACCAUGAGAAAAUCUACGCCGUCGUGAUCGAUGCCGGCUCGACCGGGAGCCGCGUGCUGGCGUUCGAGUUUCACCACGGCACACUGGACGGGCGGCUCGUGCUAGACUACGAGCUGUUCGAGCAGUCGAAACCGGGCCUGUCGGCGUUUGCCGGCCGGCCGGAGGAAGGGGCGGCCAGCAUCGGUAAACUGCUCGACCUUGCAAAGCGGGUGGUGCCGGAGGCGAAGCUGUCCCAGACACCGCUGGUGCUGAAGGCGACGGCCGGGCUGCGAUUGCUCCCGCCUGCCCAAGCGGAAGCACUGCUCGCUGCCUGCCGCGAGCUGUUCAAAUCGUCCGGCUUUCUGGUGAACGCGCAGUCGGUGGAGAUCAUGGACGGUACGGACGAGGGCAUCUUUUCCUGGUUCACGGUCAACUUCCUGCUCGGCAAGCUGACCGGGCGCAACACGGUGGCGGCGCUGGAUCUGGGCGGUGGCAGCACGCAGGUUACGUUUGCGCCGCGCGACGUCUCGCAGACGCCCCUGUACAAGGACUACAUGCACCGGGUGCCCACGUUCAGCUCGUACGUGGAGGUGUUCACGAACAGCUACCUUGGGGCGGGGCUGCACGCGAUACGGCACGCGGUGUUUACGCACCGGGCGGCCGAAAACCAGACCAAGCUGUCGAGCGAGUGCGUGAAUCCGAUCAUCCACGAGAAGCUGUUCCGGUACGGGACGGGCCAGUACUACAUAAGCGGGAAGGACAAUCCGAAGGCGACGGCCGAGAACCCUGUGGUCGACUACGAGCUGUGCGCGUCGAUCGUAAAGCAGAAGCUGCUGCCGACGCUCAAGCCGAAGCCGGUCACGCUGAAGCAGCACGAAAUAUCGGCCUUUAGCUACUUCUUUGAUCGUGCGAUCGAGACGGGGCUUGUUGAUCCCAUGCAGGGUGGCGAGACGACGGUGGGCGAGUUUGUGAGCAAAUCGCGCGAGGUUUGCGCGGAAGCGAACGCAGACCAACCGUUCAUGUGUGUGGAUUUGGUCUUCAUCUCGACGCUGCUCGAAGAGGGUUACGGACUGAAGGCAAAAACGCCCCUGAAGCUGUAUAAAAAGAUUGACGGACACGAAAUAUCGUGGGCAUUGGGCUGUGCGUACAACAUUUUGACGAGUCGCGAAAAUGCGAUGAAACAUAAGUAGGGUUAUAAGGCGACGAUGGGUUCCAAAACUAACAUUGGAAUCAACUGACGAUGCUGAUGCAGUCCAACAUCAGUGGAGAAGAUGCAAUCAGAUGGUAACGCCACAACCGUUACCAACCCCUUUUCGAAUCCGGAGAGAGCGUUUGAGGGGGAAACGCAGAACGCCAACGAAGCAAUCGGAAGCGGUUUAUUAACCGUUCUUUGAAUCACUCUAUGAGAGAAGGUGGUCAGAAUGGCAGAACAGACAGACAGAGAGAAAGGAAUUUAGAGCAAAAAUGGGAUAUUACUGUAACUAUAUUUAAUUGCUACCCCUAUACAGGUCGUUAUUGAACAUUUUCCUCCGAGUUCGCUACGCGAGAUGGAUUGAGAGAGAGAGAGGUAGCAGGAGAUAAAAAGGUACAGGGUGACAAAGGAAAAGGGAUGUUUUAACACAGGCAUUUAAACAAAACGAAAGGCAACGAUCGGUUCCGCAUCCCUACCGAGUUUUACUUUUCCAGCAGAAACACCCGUUUUUCACUCCCUUUACUCCCAAUGACAAGUUUUACAAAAAAAACACCUCCGAAUAACGUUUUUUACACAACGGAAGCAACACUAAACGAAAAAAAACAACCGGUCCCGCCAUAUAGUAAA